AACCUUGCCGGAGAAAAGGACUACCAGAUUCGUUUUCCAUUUUCCGUCAGGUCGCCGCCUGACGUGUUUGGCUUUCGCCACGGCUCGCGACUUCACAAACGUGAUUAAGCCAAUUGUGUUAUUGAUAAUCACAUUAAGCAGUGCGUCUGUGUUUCUACUUGUUGUGUCCCCUAAAAGCGCGUUUCGUAAUUCCUCUAAAGUUACAGUAACGGAACCAAUGGCUCGAAAUUUUGUUCUGUGGCUUCAUGGUCUUGGUGACUCUGGUCCUGCCAAUGAACCUAUCAAAACGUUUUUCACUUCUCCUCAAUUCAGAAACACCAAAUGGUCCUUCCCUUCCGCACCUUACGUACCAGUCACUUGCAACUAUGGUUCUGUAAUGCCUUCAUGGUUUGACAUUCAUGAGAUUCCUGUGACAGCCGAUUCUCCAACGGACGAGACUGGUUUACUUAAAGCUGUUCAAAAAGUUCAUGCUACAAUUGACAAGGAAAUAGCUGCUGGCACAAACCCUAACAAUGUAUUUAUCUGUGGAUUCAGUCAAGGAGGUGCGUUGACGUUGGCCAGUGUUCUGCUAUACCCUAAAACUUUAGGUGGAGGUGCUGUCUUUAGUGGUUGGGUUCCAUUUAAUUCGUCUAUUACUGAAAAAAUUGCCCCCGAGGCUAAGCAGACACCCAUACUGUGGUCCCAUGGGCUGGUUGACAAAACAGUAUUGUUCGAGGCAGGACAAGCUGGUCCUCCGUUCCUUGAAAAAAUUGGCGUCAGUUGUGAGUUUAAGGCUUAUCCUGGUCUUGCCCACUCCAUAAACAACGAGGAGCUGCAGGAUCUCGAAUCUUGGAUCAAGGCACGCCUACAAAGUUCUUCUUAAUCUUCUUAAUUUUCAUCGGGUAUCUCUUACAUUGUAACUCAAUAAUUUUAAUACAUGCUUGUGUACUAGUACUUGUGUAGACCUCCCUAUCACUUAAUCUAUUUUCACUUUGUUCUCAAUAUUUAACACAAUCGAAAUUCUUGAUCCCAUUUACUCUUACAUAUCAUUGUGAAAUACAAUCUUUCCUUCUCUUA